UAUGGUCCAUUUUUGCUUACCCAUUUGCUAAUUGAUGUUUUGAAGCGCAGCGCGCCAUCGCGGAUUGUUAUUGUUGCUUCCGAGCUGUAUCGCUUUGCUUCGGUGAAUUUGGACAAACUCAACCCGAUUGGUACGUUCCCAGCUGCCUAUCUGUACUAUGUGUCUAAGUUCGCCAACAUUUAUUUCGCACGCGAAUUGGCUAAACGCUUGGAGGGUAGUGGAGUGACGGUGAACUUCUUGCACCCCGGCAUGAUUGAUUCGGGCAUCUGGCGCAACGUGCCGUUCCCCCUCAACCUGCCCAUGAUGGCUAUAACGAAGGGAUUUUUCAAGACACCCAAAGCAGGCGCACAGACUACUAUUCAUUUAGCCACCUCGGAGGAAGUGGCUAAUGUGUCGGGCAAGUAUUUCAUGGACUGCAAGGAGUCGACAUUAAGUGCAGCGGCUAUGGACGAGGAUAAGGGCCGCAAAUUGUGGGAAGAAUCAUUGAAAAUUGUCAAGUUGACACCGCAAGAUCCAAAAAUCUAAAAACAUUUAACAAAAAAGACUAACUUCGCUGAAAUGCCUACUUUACAGUCUUUAGUGAGAAAAAUAAAAGUUUUUAUAUGAAAAUUUUACUCGUAAUUUAAGUUUUAUAGUGUGCAAUAUGCAAUUUUGAUGGAAUAAGGAAAUAAAAGUGAAAUUAUCAUUGUUUUGAUA